AUGAUUCAAGCUCAAGAAAAAGUUCGAGAACCGUCGAAUCAAGCACAAACUCCAUAUGUUGACGACGAGGUCCCCAGCGGCAACUCACGAUGUCAGGAAAAGGGCUGCAAGAAGAUCUUCAAAAAAAGUUCGCCACAAAGUCUCUUCAACCACGCGAUCGGUCACUCACGGAUGCGAUACUACUGUCAAAAAUGCGGCACAAGAGCGCAAAGGAAGAAGACGGGUUGUCGACAUGUGCGAUCAACCGAUUGCAUAGAAAAAAGCAUGGUGGAAGCUUGGCUCGAAAAGGCGAAUUCCUGUUUCCCGGAUAUGUCCGAAGCGUUUCAAAAGUUGGUUAAGGGAAAAUAUCGACAAUAUCUACAAGAAGAUGAACCGGGUUGUUCAAGAGACGAAGAGGUUGAGCAUGGCGGUGUUAAUGAUGGGGAAGUGGCACAGGAUGAUUUAUUUACUAAAGUAAUCAAAGAUGAGAUAAUGGAUCAGCUUGAUGUGAGUGAAAAGGAAAAUGGAGAUGAGAGAGUGGAGAUGAGAACGGAAAUGGUCAAGGAUUUGUUGAUUGCUGAAAGUUGUUCAUCCGCUUCCAAUGCAAAUGACGAUCAAGCGCUGUCCAGCCCGGCUUCUGAGCAAAAUAAUACUAAAAUUGCGCAAGAAAUUGACGAGCUGAAAAAGCUACGAGAGGAAUUGGACGCAAAGAAUCAAGGAAUUGCUGAAAAGAAAAAGGAAAAAGCGGAGCGGGAAAAAGAAAGAAAACCAUUGCUGAUGCUGAAUCCAAAUGCGAUUAGCAAAGAUCGAAAGAUUGAUGAAUUGAAGAUGUUAGAAGCUGCAAAUACUGAAAAUCUGAAUAUUCAAGAAGAGAGGAGAGCGCCGGAAGCGCCGGAAGCGCAUCUUGCUGGAGCGCCGGAAGCGUAUCUUGCUGGAGCGCCGGAAGCGCAUCUUGCUGGAGCGCUGGAAGCGCAUCUUGCUGGAGCCCUGGAAGCGCAUCUUGCUCUUCAACAAGAACUGGCUAAGGAGGCUGAAGCGAGUACUCCGAACCUCAGCUUUGUUAAGCAAGAACUUAUCGAUUCCGAUGAGAUGAUCUCACUUUGGAAGCAACUACUAGAGGCGGAUCCAACGGCGAAAAAUUCGAUGACAAUUCUGCAACAAAAAGAGCAAGAGCUCAAAGAUCAAGCGUUAGCUCUUGGGUAUAUGAUGAUUGAUUUGUUCAAUUUGAGGGAAAAGAACACCGAACCCAAGAAA